AUGUCCCUUUGUGCCCGUCAGGAGGCCAUCAUUAGCUGGCUGCGAACCAAUAUUGACCGCCUUGGCGACGAGCAAACGCGAGAUCACAUCUCACGGGCGGCGAAACUCACCGAUGGCGACGGAGGAGAGAUAGACUGGGAGGAGCUCACGUCACUGCUCAAAUACGCCCUGCGGACACGAGCAGGUGCAUAGAAGAGGCGAGUGACGCAUCCGCUGGCCAUCAUCGUGUGUGCCUUUAUGCAGAGGAAGAGGGGUUGUCGCGUAGUUUGGUCAGCUACUUUCUGGACACUUUGGAGGAGCUGCACGCCAAGCGGGAGAGUGCGCUGGAGCUGGAGGCCAGCACCAAGCUCUAUGAAACGCGGCUGCAAGCCAAACGACUCACGGAAAAGGUCAGCAGAAGACACGGCCUUUCUCAUUGCGAAUGCAUCUGUGUCUGCGCGUGCAUGUGUAGAUCCGUACCAGCUGCACCAAGGCGCUGAGUUUGUUGGACAAGCAGGCCAAUGCCCCUCCUCCGCCUUUGCCGCCCGCGAGGCCCAGCCCGUCGCUCUUCCCAUCCCCAUCACCGGCACACCCGUUGCCGCGCGCGAAGCGCUCUGGGACGCCACGCACACCACGGUCGUGAUGGAUAGGUGGAUGGAUGGACGGAUGGAUGGGAUUGGGUGUUUGUUCUGCUGCGUGGAUGCGGACCGCGUUGGUAACGGAUAGCAGCAAGGGUCCGAAUGAAUGACAUGCACGUAUGUGAUCA